GGAGCUCCGUUUGAUACAGUGUCGGUAGCCGGAUUGGUUUCCAAGGAGAGAAGGGAUAGGGUGGAAAUACCAAGCUAACUGGAUCUGCGCUGAGCCAGUGUUGCUUUAACCGAACAACAUACUAGACAUUUAUAAUUUCACAAACUUACGCUGUUGAAAUUGGAGCCUGUAGUUCACAAAAACGUUUUACCCGAUGAGCCUGAGGUGGCAAGAAACUGACUCUUACUCUCUCUCACAGAUAGCUCAGACGGUCACACGCUAACCUUGGCGGCCCGGUUGCUUGCAAAGAUUUUAGCCCUUUUCGAGCCCAGGAUGCAAGGCGGUUGUUCCUGAGCAAAGACAUAGCCUACUCCAGUUUGCCAAGGCAUAAAGACUUGAUUGGAGGAUAAAUGCAGUGCCAUGUCUAUAUCUGUUUCAAGACCCACCACUUUCUCAUUUCAAUGCAAAAACAAAAAAAGACUAAUGGCUGAAAUAAAUGUAUCACCACUGAAGCAUUUUGUCACUGCAAAGAAGAAAAUCAAUGGGAUAUUUGAACAACUUGGGACCUACAUCAAGGAAAGUGCCACCUUUCUGGAAGAUACUUAUAAAAAUCAGCAGUUGAACCCAGUGGCCACUGAGGAGCAAGUCCAGGAAGUCUGCGGUUACCUCACCAAGGUGACAGGAAUAGGAGAGGUGCUUGCACGGCGGCAUAUGAAGGUGGUUUUCUUUGGAAGAACCAGUAAUGGCAAGAGUUCUGUGAUCAAUGCCAUGCUAUGUGAUAAAGUCCUGCCAUCUGGGAUUGGACACACAACCAACUGUUUUCUGAGGGUGGAGGGCACAGAUGGCAGUGAAGGCUUCCUCCUCACUGAAGGCUCUGAGGACCAAAAAAGCAUAAUGACAGUGAACCACCUGGCCCAUGCUCUACACCAGGAUGUGGACCUGGAUGCUGGCAGCCUAGUCUGUGUCAUGUGGCCUAAAGCAAAGUGUGCUCUGCUAAGAGAUGAUUUGGUGCUUUUGGACAGCCCAGGCAUUGAUGUCACCACUGAAUUGGACAGCUGGAUUGACAAGUUCUGUCUUGAUGCAGAUGUGUUUGUUCUGGUGGCAAACUCUGAGUCUACACUCAUGCAAACGGAGAAGUCCUUCUUUCAUAAGGUCAAUGAGCGUCUCUCCAGUCCUAAUAUUUUUAUUCUCAACAACCGCUGGGAUGCCUCUGCCUCAGAACCAGAAUAUAUGGAGGAGGUUCGCAGGCAGCACAUGGACCGCUGCACCCACUUUCUUGUGGAUGAGUUGGGUGUUGUUGACAGAGCCCAGGCCAGUGACCGCAUCUUCUUUGUCUCUGCCAAAGAAGUUCUUCAGGCUCGUGUGCAGAAGGCCCAAGGAAUGCCAGAAUCAGGUGGAGCUCUUGCCGAGGGAUUUCAAGCCAGAAUGUUUGAGUUCCAAAACUUUGAGAGACGAUUUGAAGAGUGCAUCUCUCAAUCUGCGGUGAAGACCAAAUUUGAGCAGCACACAGUAAGAGCUAAGCAAAUCUCUGAAGCUCUGCGGCGCAUUAUGGACUUGGUACACAUAGCUGCCCAAGAACAGAGACUCUACUGCGUAGAGACAAAAGAGGAUCGCCAACAGCGAUUGGAAUUUAUAGAGAAACAAUUGGACCUGUUAACCAUGGACUGCAAGGCCAAGAUUAAGAAGAUUACAGAGGAGGUGGAGAGACAGGUAACUAACACUAUGGCAGAGGAAAUCAGGAAGCUUCAUGUGUUAGUCGAUGACUUUCACAUGGACUUCCACGCUUCACCAGUGGUCCUCAAGGUCUACAAAAAUGAGCUCCAUCGUUACAUAGAGGAGGGCCUGGAUAGGACCAUGUCUGAAAGGUGCUCCAGCUCCGUCGCCUGUGCCGUGCAGUCCACACAAAUGGAGAUGACAGAGGGCCUGAAGCCUCUGCUGCCAAACUCUAUUAGAGAGCAGGUUGACAAACUUCGUCCUUGUCAGUAUUUCUGCCUCACAUAUGACCUGGCAUGUGACAAGCUUUGUAGUGACUUUCAAGAGGACAUCAGCUUCCACUUUUCUCUUGGAUGGACUAUGCUUGUCAACCGCUUCCUUGGGCCAAAGAACACACGACAUGCUCUCAUGGGCUAUAACGACCAGGUUCCACGGCCUAUGGCCUUAACACCAGUCAGCACCAGCAUGCCUCAAUUCUCACAAAGCUCACUGACUCAGGAAGAGCUGAUGGUCACCAUGGUGACAGGUCUUGCAUCCCUUACAUCACGUACUUCCAUGGGUGUCCUUGUGGUUGGUGGUGUGAUUUGGAAGGCAGUGGGAUGGCGCCUGAUCGCGUUAUCACUGGGUCUCUAUGGGCUUCUUUACAUCUAUGAGCGGCUCACAUGGACCACCAAAGCCAAAGAGAGAGCCUUCAAGCGACAGUAUGUGGAUUAUGCCAGUGAGAAGCUGCAGCUAAUUGUCAGUUACACUGGAUCCAACUGCAGCCAUCAAGUCCAGCAAGAGUUGACAAGUGUAUUUGCACAGCUGUGCCAGCAGGUAGACAUCACCCGUCAGAACCUUGAGGAUGAGGUCAAUGAAAUGAACGGGAAGAUCGAGCGUUUAGACAAUCUACAGAGCAAGGCUAAACUGCUACGGAAUAAGGCGGGCUGGUUGGACAGUGAACUCAACAUGUUCACCCAGCAGUACCUCCAGCAGAGAAAGUGACCAAGGUGGAGCUUCUUAUGAGACUGAACACCAUCAGGGGAACAUGUGAAAUGUUUGCUCGACACAUGUAACAUGGCUAAUUUGUGAUGUAAUUGUAAUGUUCUUUUCAGAAGAGGACGCAAACACAAGUUAACAGAGCGCUGUUGUAAUUGUGAUGUUUGUGUGGAGAUAAACUGUGUAGUAUGCAUGUCAAAAACUAUUUGAGUGACAACAGAAGUAAAUAUCCCUCUGUAAAUUUCUGUAUGUGUAUUCUUUAAUGUUCACAUAAGCAUAUUCAGUAAAUCUAAGGGAUUUAAAUGUGUUAUGUUUGUAGAAUAAGUCAUAUGUUAUUUGAAAACAUGAUACAUAAUUUGUUCUUGCUAUUCACUGUUAGCAUCUUAAAUUGUCAUGUUCUCAACCAAUGUGUGAAUGUCCAUGAUGCACAUCUGCUUUGCAGUCAUUCAGUUUAUUUUUCUAGCACUGAUUUAACAACAAACCUUUCAAGUAGGGCUGCACAAUAUAUCGCAAAUAUAUUGUCAUCGCAACAUCAAUGUGAGCAAUAUUCAUACUACAAAGGACUGUUUGGAGUGCAAUUAUUGUUGGAGAAGAUAUUCCAAGUGUCAUGAACGUGCAUUUUUCAUUCUUAUGUAAUAUUUAUUAGUUGGACAGAGUCUCUCUGCAGCAGAUGCUCAAAUCAGACACAAAUGACAUUGCACAAAAAUGCUAAAGGUCACAGAGUGAUGGAAGUGCAGAUGAGAAAGAGAGGAAAGAACAAAAGUGACAUGUAUCGCAGUUGUUAUUGUGAUCGCAAUAUUUAUCAUUAUCGCCAAAGAUUUCCCAAUAUUGUGCUGCCUUAGUUUCAAAGCACUUUACAAAACAAACAGAUGCCAUUUAAGUACAGAAAAAUACUUUCAACCUGACCAGUCAUACAGAUUCCAAGACAAGUACAUCAACUUCAAUAUGAUCAGUUAUAAAACGAUGCAUUAAAGUUUAUUUUCAUUAUUCAAAUAGGUAAACUUUUUUUUUUUCAAAGAAAACCUCUGAUGCAUGUGCAUUUAAAAACCAAUUGAUUCAGAACUAUAUCAAAUUCCAAUCUGUAUCUUAAUUUAUUGUUGAGCAAUGGGCUUUAUGUGUCACAGAUAAAUUUAAGAUGUGUGAUAUAA